AUGGUAAACUAUAUGAUAUAUCAGAUCACGGAAAAGACCAAAGUUGUGGAGCCCCUGGACUAUGAGAAUGUUGUCACUCAGAGAAAAACCCAGAUUUACAGUGACCCUCUCAGAGACCUGCUUAUGUUUCCAAUGGAAGAUAUAUCUAUCUCGGUGAUAAAUCGGCAACAUAGAACAGUGCAGUCUACUGUACCAGAAGAUGCUGAGAAAAGAGCCCAGAGUUUGUUUGUCAAAGAGUGUAUUAAGACCUACAGUACAGAUUGGCAUGUGGUAAACUACAAGUAUGAAGACUUCUCUGGAGACUUUCGGAUGUUGCCUUGCAAAUCUCUGAGACCAGAAAAGAUUCCCAAUCAUGUAUUUGAGAUUGAUGAGGACUGUGAGAAAGAUGAGGACUCAUCUUCUUUAUGUUCUCAGAAGGGUGGUAUGAUAAAACAAGGCUGGUUGCAUAAAGCAAAUGUGAAUAGCACCAUCACAGUUACCAUGAAGGUAUUCAAGAGACGGUAUUUUUACUUGACUCAGCUUCCAGAUGGUUCAUAUAUUCUUAAUUCCUAUAAAGAUGAAAAGAAUUCAAAAGAAUCUAAAGGUUGCAUCUACUUGGACGCCUGCAUUGAUGUUGUUCAGUGCCCCAAAAUGCGCCGUCAUGCUUUUGAACUCAAGAUGUUAGAUAAGUAUAGCCAUUAUCUGGCUGCUGAAACUGAGCAGGAAAUGGAGGAAUGGUUGAUAACUUUGAAAAAGAUUAUUCAGAUCAAUACCGACAGUUUAGUGCAAGAAAAAAAGGAGACGGUAGAAACAGCACAAGAUGAUGAAACUAGCAGCCAAGGAAAAGUCGAGAACAUCAUGGCCAGUUUGGAGAGGAGCAUGCAUCCAGAGCUGAUGAAGUAUGGAAGAGAAACUGAACAGCUUAACAAACUCAGUAGAGGAGAUGGAAGACAGAAUCUCUUUUCUUUUGAUUCAGAAGUUCAGAGGUUGGACUUUUCGGGAAUUGAACCUGAUAUAAAACCAUUUGAAGAAAAGUGUAACAAACGUUUCCUGGUAAAUUGCCAUGAUUUAAUGUUUAAUAUCUUGGGUCAAGUUGGAGACAACACAAAAGGACCACCCACAAAUGUUGAACCUUUUUUUAUCAAUCUUGCCUUAUUUGAUGUAAAAAACAAUUGUAAGAUUUCAGCUGACUUCCACAUAGACUUAAAUCCCCCAUCUGUCCGUGAAAUGCUGUGGGGCACUUCAGGCCAACUGGCCAGUGAUGAAAACCGAAAAGGUUCUUCACCUGAGUCUUUCAUUCAUGGAAUUGCUGAAUCUCAGCUACGCUACAUAAAACAGGGCAUCUUCUCAGUGACAAAUCCACAUCCUGAAAUUUUUCUGGUAGCACGAAUUGAAAAAGUGCUACAGGGCAACAUUACACACUGUGCGGAACCAUACAUCAAAAAUUCAGACCCAGUGAAGACGGCCCAGAAGGUGCACAGGACAGCUAAGCAAGUGUGUAGCCGCCUUGGACAAUACAGAAUGCCCUUUGCUUGGGCUGCCAGACCCAUUUUCAAAGAUAUUCAAGGCUCUUUGGAUCUGGAAGGGAGAUUUUCUCCUUUGUAUAAACAAGACAGUAGCAAGCUUUCUAAUGAAGAUAUUCUCAAGUUGCUGUCGGAAUAUAAGAAGCCAGAGAAGACCAAAUUACAGAUUAUUCCUGGGCAGCUAAACAUCACAGUAGAAUGUGUUCCUGUGGAUUUAUCAAAUUGUAUUACUUCUUCAUAUGUGCCCCUGAAGCCUUUUGAAAAGAAUUGUCAAAAUAUUACUGUGGAGGUUGAAGAGUUUGUUCCAGAAAUGACAAAAUAUUGUUACCCAUUUACUGUUUACAAAAACCAUCUGUAUGUAUAUCCCUUGCAAUUAAAAUACGAUGGCCAGAAAACAUUUGCCAAGGCAAGGAACAUUGCUGUCUGUGUGGAAUUCCGGGAUUCCGAUGAAAGUGAUGCUAGUGCUCUGAAGUGUAUUUAUGGCAAACCUGCAGGAUCUGUUUUUACCACAAAUACCUAUGCUGUCGUCUCACAUCACAACCAGAAUCCAGAGUUCUACGAUGAGAUUAAGAUUGAACUUCCCAUUCACCUUCAUCAGAAGCAUCAUUUGCUUUUCACUUUCUAUCAUGUAAGUUGUGAGAUUAACACAAAGGGAACAACCAAAAAGCAGGACACGGUUGAAACUCCAGUUGGAUUUGCAUGGGUACCUUUGCUGAAGGAUGGUCGAAUCAUCACAUUUGAGCAGCAGCUGCCAGUGUCAGCCAAUCUUCCUCCAGGCUACUUGAAUCUGAAUGAUGCAGAAUCAAGAAGGCAACCCAGUGUGGAUAUCAAGUGGGUGGAUGGUGCGAAGCCUUUGUUAAAGGUUAAAAGCCACUUAGAGUCUACCAUUUACACUCAAGAUCUGCAUGUGCACAAAUUCUUCCACCACUGCCAGCUGAUUCAGUCAGGCUCUAAAGAAGUGCCAGGGGAGCUCAUUAAAUAUUUAAAGUGUUUGCAUGCCAUGGAGAUCCAAGUCAUGAUACAGUUUCUACCUGUAAUUCUUAUGCAACUCUUCCGAGUUCUCACAAAUAUGACCCAUGAAGAUGACGUACCUAUCAACUGCACCAUGGUCCUCUUACAUAUUGUAUCAAAGUGCCAUGAAGAAGGCUUGGAUAACUACUUGAGAUCCUUCAUAAAGUAUAGCUUCCGACCUGAAAAACCGAGUGUUCCUCUGGGCCAGCUGAUACAUGAAACCCUGGCCACUACGAUGAUAGCAAUACUGAAGCAGUCUGCAGAUUUUUUAGCAAUAAACAAACUGCUAAAGUAUUCGUGGUUUUUCUUUGAAAUUAUGGCAAAGUCUAUGGCCACAUACUUGUUGGAAGACAAUAAAAUUAAGCUUCCCAGAGGCCAGCGAUUUCUUGAGGGAUAUCAUCAUGUCUUACAUUCACUGCUGCUUGCGAUAAUUCCCCAUGUAACUAUACGGUAUGCAGAGAUUCCUGAUGAGUCCAGAAAUGUCAAUUACAGUUUGGCUAGCUUCCUCAAGCGCUGUUUGACACUAAUGGAUAGAGGAUUUGUUUUCAAUUUGAUAAAUGAUUAUAUAUCUGGAUUCAGCCCCAAAGAUCCUAAGGUCCUGGCUGAAUACAAGUUUGAAUUUCUGCAAACCAUUUGCAAUCAUGAACAUUAUAUUCCUCUAAACUUGCCAAUGGCAUUUGCCAAACCUAAACUUCAGAGAGUUCAAGAUUCAAAUCUUGAAUACAGUUUAUCAGAUGAGUAUUGCAAGCAUCACUUCUUAGUGGGUCUCCUUCUGAGAGAAACCUCCAUUGCUCUUCAAGACAAUUAUGAGAUCAGAUACACAGCUAUCUCUGUCAUAAAGAAUCUUUUGAUAAAACAUGCAUUUGACACGAGAUACCAGCACAAGAACCAACAAGCUAAAAUAGCACAAUUGUACCUCCCAUUUGUUGGACUGCUUUUGGAAAAUAUACAGCGAUUAGCAGGUCGGGAUACCUUGUAUUCUUGUGCAGCCAUGCCUAGUUCUGUAAUUUAUGGAUCAUUUCAAAAUGGACAUGGUAUUAAGAGGGAAGAUUCAAGAGGUUCCCUCAUCCCAGAAGGAGUGACAGGAUUUCCUGAUCAGGGCAACACUGGUGAAAAUACCAGGCAGAGUUCUACAAGGAGUAGUGUAUCCCAGUAUAACAGACUGGAUCAGUAUGAAGUCAGAAGCCUCCUGAUGUGCUACCUGUAUAUUGUAAAAAUGAUUUCUGAAGACACUCUCUUAACUUACUGGAAUAAAGUGUCUCCUCAGGAGCUCAUAAACAUUCUCAUACUUCUAGAAGUAUGUUUGUUUCACUUUAGAUAUAUGGGGAAAAGAAACAUAGCAAGGGUGCAUGAUGCCUGGCUGUCUAAACACUUAGGAAUAGACCGAAAAUCACAAACCAUGCCAGCUCUUCGAAACAGAUCAGGAGUAAUGCAAGCCCGACUUCAGCAUCUAAGUAGCCUGGAAAGUUCAUUUACGCUUAAUCAUAGUUCUGCAACGAGCGAAGCAGACAUUUUCCACCAGGCACUUCUGGAAGGCAACACUGCCACUGAAGUUUCCCUAACAGUGCUAGACACCAUAUCUUUCUUCACCCAGUGCUUCAAGAGUCAGCUUUUAAAUAAUGAUGGUCACAACCCAUUAAUGAAAAAAGUAUUUGACAUUCAUCUUGCUUUUCUUAAAAACGGACAGUCUGAAGCAUCGCUGAAACAUGUUUUUGCCUCACUGAGAGCUUUCAUUAGUAAGUUUCCCUCAGCCUUUUUCAAAGGAAGGGUAAAUAUGUGUGCUGCAUUUUGCUACGAGGUUUUAAAAUGCUGCACCUCGAAGAUUAGCUCAACCAGGAAUGAAGCAUCUGCACUUUUGUAUCUUUUGAUGAGAAACAACUUUGAGUAUACCAAAAGGAAGACCUUCCUGAGGACACAUCUGCAGAUAAUAAUUGCUGUAAGCCAGCUGAUAGCUGACGUAGCACUGAGUGGAGGAUCAAGAUUUCAGGAGUCUUUAUUCAUUAUCAAUAAUUUUGCAAAUAGUGACAGACCUAUGAAGGCAACUGCUUUUCCCGCAGAAGUCAAAGAUUUGACCAAGAGAAUCCGGACUGUUCUUAUGGCCACUGCUCAAAUGAAGGAACAUGAGAAAGACCCUGAAAUGCUAAUUGAUCUCCAGUAUAGCUUAGCCAAAUCCUAUGCAAGCACCCCAGAGCUCAGGAAAACCUGGCUUGACAGCAUGGCCAAGAUUCAUAUAAAAAAUGGAGAUUUUUCUGAGGCUGCAAUGUGUUAUGUUCAUGUAGCAGCUCUGGUUGCAGAGUUUCUUCAUCGAAAAAAAUUAUUCCCUAGUGGAUGUUCAGCCUUCAAGAAAAUUACUCCCAACGUAGAUGAAGAAGGGGCAAUGAAAGAAGAUGCUGGCAUGAUGGAUGUCCAUUAUAGUGAAGAAGUUUUGCUGGAGUUGUUAGAACAAUGUGUGGAUGGUUUAUGGAAGGCUGAACGUUAUGAAGUCAUUUCUGAGAUUUCCAAGUUGAUCAUUCCAGUUUAUGAGAAACGUCGUGAGUUUGAGAAACUUACUCAAAUUUACAGAACUCUUCAUGGAGCUUAUACAAAAAUUUUGGAGGUUAUGCACACAAAAAAAAGACUUCUGGGUACUUUCUUCAGAGUUGCCUUUUAUGGCCAAUCCUUUUUUGAAGAAGAGGAUGGAAAGGAAUACAUCUACAAAGAACCAAAGCUUACUGGCCUCUCAGAGAUUUCCCUGAGACUUGUUAAACUUUAUGGUGAAAAGUUUGGUACAGAGAAUGUGAAAAUAAUUCAAGAUUCAGACAAGGUAAAUGUCAAAGAGCUUGAUCCAAAAUAUGCUCAUAUUCAAGUCACUUAUGUGAAACCCUACUUUGAUGACAAAGAACUCACAGAAAGAAAGACUGAGUUUGAAAGAAAUCAUAAUAUCACCAGAUUUGUUUUUGAGGCGCCGUACACUUUAUCAGGCAAAAAGCAAGGCUGUAUAGAAGAACAGUGCAAACGCCGUACAAUCUUGACUACUUCAAACUCGUUUCCCUACGUGAAGAAGAGGAUCCCUAUAAACUAUGAACAGCAGAUUAAUCUAAAACCAAUUGAUGUUGCUACUGAUGAAAUAAAAGAUAAAACAGCAGAGCUACAAAAGCUUUGCUCCUCUGCUGACGUGGAUAUGAUUCAGCUCCAAUUGAAAUUGCAAGGUUGUGUUUCUGUGCAGGUCAAUGCUGGUCCAUUAGCAUAUGCAAGGACUUUCUUAAAUGACAGUCAAGCCAGCAAAUAUCCACCUAAAAAAGUGAAUGAGUUGAAAGACAUGUUCAUCAACAGGAAAUUUAUACAAGCCUGCAGCAUUGCACUUGAACUAAAUGAACGGCUAAUUAAAGAAGAUCAAAUUGAGUACCAUGAAGGGCUAAAGUCAAAUUUCAGAGACAUGGUGAAAGAAUUAUCUGACAUAAUCCAUGAGCAGAUACUACAAGAAGACACAAUGCAUUCUCCCUGGAUGAGCAACACAUUACAUGUAUUUUGUGCAAUUAGUGGAACAUCAAGUGACAGAGGGUAUGGUUCCCCGCGAUAUGCUGCUGAAGUAUGA